UGUGCAAUGUAACAGGGAGGCUGCUUGUUCUAAGAGGAGAGUUUCUAUGUAGUCUGUGUUGCAGAAUGAGGAAACAGUUCAGGUGAAGACGUCUGCUGAACGACAACAGAGGAUACUGAGAACAACCUGGGUUUAUUUAUUUUAAAUCUUCAGCUAUGGGUAAUUGUCACAAUCAAAGCGAUCCUGAUCAUCUCCAUGGAUUUCUCUUUACAAAGUGUCUUCUCAACCGGAGGAACCACAUCAAGCUUGGAGCCCAGCAGUGAUGCUGGUGAUGCAGCAUUACAACUUCUCCGGUAUUAUGGCCUCCUCUCCUCACUCUAACCACACCACCGUGGUGCAGGAAACAAAGGUGGAGACCUGUAAUGCCACUCUACCGCCGAGCAACCCCACAGCUGCUGGCCUCACCAUGACCCUGGGUAUCCUGUUCAAUGUGGUGGCCCUCAUCAUUCUCGCAAAGGCUUACAACCGCUUCCGUCGCCGGUCAAAGGCCACUUUUCUGCUCUUGGCUAGCUCCCUGGUGGCUACAGAUCUGGCUGGACAUGUUAUCCCAGGGGCCCUUGUGCUGAGAAGAUAUUCUGCCGGCACUGGGUCCACGUCUGAUACUGCCUCCCACCUCAGCUGUAAUCCUGCGGAUCCAGAUGCCUCUUGUCUGUUUUUGGGAGGUUGCAUGGUGUUCUUUGGCCUGUGCCCACUUUUCCUGGGUUGUGCCAUGGCUGCUGAGCGAUGUCUGGGAGUCACAAAGCCUUUGCUGCAUGCACGUCUGGUGACCACAGCACGGACAAAGAUGGCACUGACCCUCAUCUGGCUACUGGCUUUAUGCGUGGCCCUCCUGCCCUUCUUCAGCCUGGGUGCCUAUACCUAUCAGUACCCAGGGACAUGGUGCUUUAUCAGGGUGAUGGAGGGCACUAAAGCGACAGAUCUGGCCUUUGUGAUGCUGUUCUCUGGACUGGCCUUGAGCUCUCUGGCCUUGGCUUUUGUGUGUAACACCAUCAGUGGGAUCACACUAGUGAGAGCCCGGCUAAAGAAGAGGUCCAGCUCCCAACGAUGCUCAGCCAGGUCUCAUGACACAGAGAUGGUGGUCCAGCUGGUUGGCAUUAUGGUCACCUCCUGUAUCUGCUGGAGCCCUCUGCUGGUCUUUGGACUGAUGUCAGCCACACGAUCCUACAGCGGCUCCCUAAGCAGUGACCGAGAAACUUACAGGGGGCUGAUGGUGAUGGGUGUCAGGAUGGCAACCUGUAACCAGAUCCUGGACCCUUGGGUCUACAUCUUGCUGCGACGUGCCAUCCUCAAGAAAAUUUACAGCAUCACUAAAAGGCAGGCCAGUUUCAAGGGAAGCACGUUUCGCUCCAUCCGCUGGGAUGUCGGCUACUUUCAGAAUUCAGAGAAAAACACUGUUGGCAAGAUUUAAGGGAGAAAGAAAGGGGAAAUGGCAUCGAUCUCUUUUUAAGGGAUGCUCUGUCACUUGCCAGCAGGAUCAGAACUGAAUCUGGCUGCUUUUCAUCCUGAUCAGAAUUCAGUGUUAAAAGAUCCUGGAUGAAAAGAUUUUUUUUUCUUGGCAGGUGGGAAUGGAGCCACCUUUGUUUGUAUGUAUGAAGUGGUAAAAAAAAAAUUGGAAACAACGCGUUCCAUAUUUUAAAUAUCACUGACCAGCUAAUGAUAACCUCUUACGUGGUCGUAUGUAUGAGCCAGUGUUACAUUAGGAAAAAAGGGAAAAAGCCCAGACUUACUAUAAACUGCUAACAGUGUAUAUUAGAAUGCAACAUGGCCCAUAUACUGGACAUGUUUGAAUGGCAGCCUGCCCUCUGUGAGAGCAGAUGUAAAUACUAAGGCUUUUUUGUGCAGGAGAAUGGUGCAUUGAUUUGAAGUGAAAACUGUGUCUAGUCUUAAAGCAAACAUCUCAACUCAAAGGUUUUUGUCUUUUAAUGUGCUGUUCGUUUUGUUCUCUGACACAGUGUAAAAGUCAAUGACUUGUGUAAAUGCUCACAUAAGAGAGCAAAAAAAUAAAGGGGCUGUGCUUUUACCUCAGCUUGAAGAUGUGAAAAACACCACUUGUGUGUCCAAUGCAAUGCUGUGAUAUGAAUGUGAAUGUGUGUCUUCAUUGUGUGUUUGUGAACGUAUCUGCAGUAUUUUUCCCCGAGUGUCUGGGGACUAAAGUGAAGCUAUUGUGUAACAAAAGCUAAUUAAAUGUGAUAUUGUCAAAAAGAAGGAAUGUAAGAUUAUAUAAUAAACAGUUAUCUGUCAA